AUGGCUAGGAAACGCAACGGCGGUUCGCACCAAAAGACGGACGGCGCCCACAAUACUCACCCCAAGACUGCGAUGACUACCCAUGUUCAAUACAAGGCGAAAGAAGGACUUCAACACCAAGACCAAGCACAACAGCAAGAACGCGGCCGUAAUGGUGCACGUGGAUACGGUGGCAGGCGUGGACAUGGCGACCAGCGGAGCAAGUCGCCAGGGCGAGACAUUCAGCGCGAGCAACAAUCCAAGCAUCGAGACAACAGGCGCUCACGCACCCCACCCCCAGCCAGAGAGAUCCACGAUAGGCCAAUCAAGGUCCAAGAACUCCGCGUAAGUGCGACUACCGACGCCGCUGAACAGGUUUCCUGGAAGCGUAAACAAGAGGCAACUGAAGAUGUUGGACUGCAUGCGAAGAAGAAAGCGCGUAGCGGACCUGGAGAAAUGCAACCGACAAUGGUCGCUCACGGACAAGAACAUUUACGCGCACCAGCAGUGGAGAAAAGCAUUGAUGCAGGCAAGAAGGUCCCUAGCCUACUUGACCUAAAGAACAUGACCGAGGAAGACAGGAAGAAGCUCCGUGAUGACGAGUUCAAACAGAAACCUGUUGUUCCUAGCAGAACUGCUGUAUUGGAGACAGUCACUCAUGAGCUAAAGAGCCCUAAGACUAGACACGGUGUCAAAGACGGUUGCAAGAUCACAGCACCCGAAGCGGAACCGGAGGCAAAGGCGCUUACUCCACGGACCCCAAGUCAAAACACCAAAGCCAGCUCGCUAAAGCAGUCCGAUGCUAGCACCAAGAUCGCGGCCGCGAUGUCGCCCGAUACGUCCGUCACCAAGGGCGCCGUCUCAACCCCCAAGUCACGGCAACCAAGCGCGGGAAAGGAAAUACACAAGACGGAAGACGCAAAGGCUGGCGAAAGCAGCGCAGGUGGCACAAAGCCAAAGCCUAGUUCUACUCCAAGCCAAACAGUCACACCGCCGGCUGAGCGCAGUAAGCGGAAGUUCGUGGAGUUAGAGAAUCCCGAGGUAGCUUCGCGCAAAAAGGCCAAAGCGAGCCAUGAGGCUAUAAAGAGACGGAAUACUAAGAUCAAGAAGUCUCUGGAUGAUCACCACUUGUACGCCGGUCAGGGUCGCUUCCCAGAGGAAGGAGUUACUUAUUUCGACUACGAUGUUUACAGCAUACCCCUCCUAUGCUCUCAUACGAUUGAACAUCAGUACCCAUUUGAAGUUAUGAAUAAGCCUUCAAACAGGCUGAAACGAUCUUUCGUUGAUGAGAACGAGGUUCAUGUCUUUGGUCGUAAGAUGCUUGUUCUGCGGCAGGAAGCGCUUCGCCUAUCCAGGAAGAAGUUCUGGACGUCCGAAGACCUUGGCCGCAAAGAUGCUUCGAAAGUCGAGCCAACUAGAGACAUCGGCGACUGUGACCUCUACCUCUACAAUGGGAAGGUUCACAUCGCUACCGAGCGAGGACUUCUUCUAGCAGCAGAGUACCUCAAGCUCAUCGGAGUUCCGGAUACGCAGCCAGUACGAUUCCAUGGGAACAAACCCGCUUGGAUGAGCCAAGUUACGCCCAAGCCGGAGCACAGGCGUGUGUUGGAAUCAUGGCAUCCUAGUGCAGCCUUGAAAGAAGGCGGCUGCAUCUCAAUCACGCACAGCUCUACCGUGGUAGUAUACGAGCAUGGCGUUUUCGACAUCGACCACAACACCGGCGCGGAGACCCGAAUGGCCUACGGUGCGCGAGAGGAUGAUGGCGUUGUUGGUUGGUUCGACUAUUCGAAAACAUGUCGUAUAGACUGGCUCAAAGACCCAGAAGAGACAACUACAACCACACACGACCCUACCAUCAUUGACUGGUCAACAUUUGACUACAGUCCUCUCGCAGCUCGAGCAGCAGCUCAACAAGCGGCGCAGCGUAAGUUGACGGCUGCAACGCGGGGAAUGGCAACAGUUUAUGCAUCCACGGCACCACUCCCGCCGAUCACACCAACAUUGGCAUCUCCCGCGGGAAGAGCAGCGACACCUGGCAGCAAUGGCGAAUAUUACUUGUCCCCACUUGCGCUUGCAGCGGAAAGCUCGUUACAGUCUAGGACGCAUGCUGAGUCUCCAGGUCCUUGUGUCUCGCAGAAAGAAGGAGAGUCGCCACCGUCGACGAUCAAGGAUGGACGUAUUUCGCGACAUGACAGUCCCAAUUCCCGAUCUGAACAGACUGCGAAUGAGGAUAGCAGCGACAUUAUUGGCGAAGAUGAUGCACCCCAAGGAGCCAUCGAUGCCACAUUAUCCAAACCAGUUACAGACAUCGGGUCUGUCGUGACACAAGAGACGGCGAUGGAUCCGUCCUUGAGUCCUCAGCAGGUCUCCGCAGGUUUUGACGGACCUGGAGGAUAUCAAGUAUCCUCGCAUGAGUCUGCAGCUCCGGCCAUCAAAGCAGUGCAACCGGACAAGCCUCUAUCUACAGUAUCUCAACGUUACGAUGUUGAGGUAGAUUGGGACGAUACCGACAUCCACGAGGACGAUGAAGCUCAAAACCAAAGCUCAAAUCACAACAAAGAGGACGAAGAGCUUUGA